GCGCUGGGCAUUGUGGGAACGGGAUUGUCUCACGCAGGAAGCCAGGCUCCAUUUUAGCGCCGCCCGCAGUCGCCAUCUGUUUCCCCUCCCUCUCCCCUCCCCUUUCCCCCUCCCGGACCGGAGCCCCUCGGGGAAGGCAGCCGCUGAGGUCCUCGGGCGGGGAAAAAGCGGGAGGAGGUAGGGAAGAGAGGAAAGGGCGAAAAGAGAAGUCGGCCGUGGCUUCGGGGGGCUGAAGUGGCGGCGGAGGCCCAGGUCUCGCGGGGCGGCAGGCGGGAGGGCGGACGGACGGGCGCGCGCGACUGCGGCGGCCGCGCGGACAGCGCCGAGGCGGCGGCAGCUGGAGAAAGAGGACGAGAAGGAGGAGGAGCUGCAUCCUAGGGGCAAUGGCGGCCGACAGCCGGGAGGAGAAAGAUGGAGAACUUAAUGUUCUGGAUGAUAUUUUGACUGAAGUACCUGAUCAGGAUGACGAAUUAUAUAACCCUGAAAGUGAACAAGAUAAGAAUGAGAAAAAGGGUUCAAAAAGAAAAAGUGACCGAAUAGAAACUACUGAAAGCAAGAGACAAAAACCUUCUGUACAUUCAAGACAAAUGAUGCCAAAGCCACCUAGCUCAUCUAUUAGCAAUAACAAAAGAAUAAUUAGUACAAAAGGAAAGCCAGUAACAGAGUAUAAAAAUGAAGAUUACCAGAGGUCUGAACGAAAGGCCCGUUUAUCAAGUGGCAGUUCCAGAGAGCCAUAUAAAAGUCAACCUGAAAAGACUUGUGUCAGGAAAAGGGAUCCUGAAAGAAGGGCCAAGUCUUCCACACCAGAUGGUUCACAGAGAAUUAGGCAUGAUGUGGAUAGACGGCACAGCAGAUCAAGCCUUUCUUCUAAAGAAGAGGUAAACUCUGAAGAAUAUGGUUCCGACCAUGAGAGUGGUACCAGUGGUUCUUCUGAAGAGCAAGGAAACAACAGUGAGAAUGAAGAAGAAGGAAUGGAAGAAGAAGAAGAGGAUGAUGAUGAUGGGGAAGAUGAAGAAGAGGUAGAAGAAGAUGGAGAGGAGGAGGAUGAAGAGGAGUACGAGCAAGAUGAAAGAGACCAAAAAGAGGGAAACGACUAUGAUACUCGAAGUGAAGCUAGUGACUCUGAUUCUGAGUCUGUAUCUUUCACAGAUGGAUCAGUCAGAUCUGGUUCUGGCACAGAUGGAUCAGAUGAGAAAAAGAAAGAAAGAAAGAGAGCCAGAGGUAUAUCUCCAAUCGUUUUUGAUAGAAGUGGAAGUUCUGCAUCAGAAUCCUAUACAGGUUCAGAAAAGAAGCAUGAGAAAUUAUCAUCUUCCGUUCGUGCUGUCCGAAAAGACCAAACAAGUAAACUUAAAUAUGUUCUUCAGGAUGCAAGAUUCUUCCUUAUAAAGAGUAACAACCAUGAAAAUGUCUCUCUUGCUAAAGCCAAGGGCGUAUGGUCAACACUUCCAGUAAAUGAAAAGAAAUUGAAUGCUGCAUUCAGAUCUGCAAGAAGUGUUAUUUUGAUAUUUUCUGUAAGAGAAAGUGGAAAAUUUCAAGGGUUUGCGAGACUCUCUUCAGAGUCCCACCAUGGAGGAUCUCCUAUACAUUGGGUUCUGCCUGCAGGAAUGAAUGCUAAAAUGCUUGGAGGUGUCUUUAAAAUUGACUGGAUUUGCAGGCGUGAAUUGCCCUUCACUAAAUCUGCUCACCUUACCAAUCCUUGGAAUGAACAUAAGCCAGUUAAGAUUGGACGCGAUGGACAGGAAAUUGAGCUUGAAUGUGGAACCCAGCUUUGUCUUCUAUUUCCCCCCGAUGAAAGUAUUGACUUGUAUCAGGUCAUUCAUAAAAUGCGUCACAAGAGAAGAAUGCAUUCACAGCCCCGUUCAAGAGGACGUCCUUCCCGUCGAGAACCAGUCCGGGAUGUGGGAAGGCGUCGACCAGAAGAUUAUGAUAUUCAUAACAGCAGAAAGAAACCAAGGAUUGACUAUCCCCCUGAGUUUCAUCAAAGACCAGGGUAUUUAAAGGAUCCACGGUAUCAAGAAGUAGACAGUUUCACAAAUCUUAUUCCCAACAGACGAUUUUCAGGAGUUCGCCGAGAUGUUUUUCUAAAUGGGUCCUACAAUGAUUAUGUGAGAGAAUUUCACAACAUGGGACCUCCACCACCAUGGCAGGGAAUGCCCCCUUAUCCAGGCAUUGAACAACCACCACAUCAUCCUUACUAUCAGCACCAUGCUCCACCUCCUCAAGCCCAUCCCCCUUACUCAGGACAUCAUCCAGUACCCCAUGAAGCAAGAUACAGAGAUAAACGAGUAAUAUUGUCUUCUUUUCAGCAUGAUUAUGAUAUGCGAGUAGAUGACUUCCUUCGUCGAACACAAGCUGUUGUCAGUGGCCGAAGAAGCAGACCCCGUGAACGAGAUCGAGAGAGAGAACGGGAUCGUCCGAGAGAUAACAGGAGAGACAGAGAUAGGGAUCGAGGACGAGAGAGAGAAAGAGAGAGAGAAAGAUUAUGUGAUCGGGACAGAGACCGAGGGGAGAGAGGACGAUACAGAAGAUAAUGUGUCUGGAAGCACUGAUUGUUUAAAAACAACAAAAAAAAUUCUUGUAUUUUUUUUGUGUGUUUACAAGUAGUAAAUUUAUUUUCAGAUGUCUACUUAAAGUUCAUUGUGUAAAAGGUUUUAUUAUGACCCUCUUUGUUCCAAGCAUGCAGUAUAUAAGAACUGGAAAAACUCAAAUCAGCCAAAACAAAUGCACAAAGGUGAUGCUUGAGUUGACACUUUUAUUGGGGCAGAAUGGAAAAGUCAAGAAUGUAGAUAUUGAUUCAUUCUCCGUAAGUGUUCAUCUGCUUAUAUAGUGUGUUCAUCCUAGAGUUUUUUUUUUUAUUUUUUGUUUUUUGGAUAUUGAUGGAUAACUGCCGUGAUAUUUUGCUUUGAUGUUUUCUUACAAGUAGUUGCACACGGUUCAGUGAAAAUAAUGCUGCUAUCAAGUAUGCAAAUAUCGAAGUAUGAUGGUUUGACUUUAUGGCAGUGUUGUAGCAGCCUCUUUUUUUCCCCUUUGUUUUUUAAAACUUAUUCUGUAAAGUCAGUCACAUUUUUUAUUUUUUUUUCAGUCUUCAAUGAUGAAAGCAAUAUUAAGAAGACAUUAUUGAUACCUAAUUUUUAACCUUUUUAAAGAGAAUCUUCCUAUGUUCAGUAGCAUUUUGGUCAGUGCUAUUGUUUAACUUUCUCCUCCAAAAUGUAUACAUUGGCUUGGAAUGUUCACAACCUGCGUGUAUGGCAGCAGAAGAAACCUAUGUAUUCUACAUUGCUACUUUUUUUUUUUUUUGGUUUUUUGGUUUGGUUUUUUUUUUUUUGUAAAAAAUAAAUUGGUAAAGAUUGA